GAUGGGUACCGUGCCGGCGCUGGUGCUGGUGCUGGGAGCGCUGCGCGUGGCCGCCGAGGGGCCGCUGGUGCCCCGAGUCAGCUUCUCCUACGAAGAGUUGGCGCGGGAGGCGGCGAUGAGUUUCCGCGCCGUGCCCAACGUGUCGGCGCUGCUGCUGGUGCCGCAGCGCUCGGCGCUCUACGUGGGCGCGCGCGACGCCAUCCUCGCCCUGGACGCCCGCAACGUCUCCCGCGAGCUCCACCCCGCCCUCUCCUGGAAGGCUGACAGCCAAAUGAAGAUGUGUCAGUCGAAGAGGAACAGCCAGAGGGAGUGCUUCAACUUCGUGCGGGUGCUGCACCGACUCGACGGCACGCGGCUGUACGCGUGCGGCACCGGCGCCUUCCAGCCCAAGUGCGCCUACAUCAACGUAACUGACUUCUCGUUUGUGAAAAAUCCUGGAGGGACCGUGAUGGAGGAGAACGGCAGGGGCAAGUGCCCCUUUGACCCCGAGCAGAGGCACACCUCGCUGAUGACCGGAGGAGAGCUCUACUCGGGCACGCGCAGCAACUACCUGGGCACCGAGUCGGUGGUGCAGCGGAGCCCUAGCAGCAUGUCCAGCGAGCUGUCGAGCAGCUGGCUGUACAACCCGACGUUCGUGGCGUCGGAGUUUGUGAACGAGAGCGAGUCGCGGGAGCAGGACAACAAGGUCUACUUCUUCUUCUCGGAGACGGCCAUGGAGUUCGACUUCUACUCCAGGGUGGUGGUGCCGAGGGUCGCGCGCGUCUGCACGGGUGACACGGGCGGCCUGAAGAAGCUGGAGAGGAAGUGGACGACGUUCCUCAAGUCGCGGCUCGACUGCUCGCUGGGAGGGACGGCGUUCGCCGGACUCCGGCACGUCGCGUCGACCCGCGGCCUCCGUGGCCGGCCCGGCACCGUGUUCUACGCCCUCUACACGGACCGCUGGGGCGGGGGCGCCGUCUCGGCCGUCUGCUCGUACCGCGUGGACGAGGUGCGGCGCGUCUUCUCCGGACGCUUCAAGCACCGGGGAGGGGCCGACCGGCGGUGGGCCCCCUACGCGGGGGCCCUGCCCGCACAACGGCCCGGAGACUGUCCCCUGGGCUGGGACUCGCAGACGCUGCCCUCCGAGACGCUCAACUUCGUCUCCGACCACCCCCUGAUGGACGAGGCGGUGAAGGCCGAGGGGGGCCGGCCCUGGCUGCUGGUGCCGGGAGUGGCCUACAACCGGCUGCUGGUGGUCGACAUGGCGGCGCUGGACGGCAAGAGCUGGAGGACGCUGCUGCUGGGCACAGACGCGGGCGCGCUGCACCGCGCCGUGCUGCCGGAGUCGCGCGGAGAUCCUCACCUGGUGGAGGAGCUGCAGGCGCUGGGGCAGCAGGAGCCGGUGCUGUCCAUGGUGCUGACCCACGACCAGGUGACCCCUCCUAACGUGUACGUGCGGCGUGUACGUGCGGCGUGUACGUGCGGCGUGUACGUGCGGCGUGUACGUGCGGCACAGACCUCGGUGGUCGUGGCUGGCCCCUCGGGGGUGGUGCAGCUGCCCGUGUGCCGCUGUGGCCGCUACCGGGCGUGCUGGGACUGCGUACUGGUGCGGGAUCCCUGCUGCGCCUGGGACCCCCAGCGGAGGCUGUGCAGGCGUCACAGCGGGGAGACCGGCGCCGGGUCGUGGCUGCAGGACGUGAGCGGUGGUGACGCGACGACGCUCUGCUCCGCUCACCCGCCAGACGUGGUGGCCGUCCGCGUGGCGCUGGCGCCGCUGCUGCUGCUGCCCUGCUCCCCCCCCCUCCCGCCUGGCUCGCCUCUCCUGGGAGGCGCCCCCCCGGCCCCCCGGGAUCUCACGGGCACGUACCUGUGCUGGGCCGAGGAGGGCGGCCACCGGCGCCUCGUCGCCGGCUAUACCGUGCAGCUUCCGGGCUCUUCCUCCUCCUCCUCGUCGUCGACCGCCUCCUCCUCCGAAACCGAGCGGAAGUCAAACGGGCGGCAGGCGAGGCCGGACCCAACGACGGGCACCGCGGCCACGUCAGAGUCGGCGCACGGCGUGCCCGGUAAAGACGCCUCCGCGUCCGAUUCCCCGCCGGGGUUCGGCCCGGGGUUUUUGGUCGGCCUGCUGGCGACGCUCGUGCUGGCGGCGGCGGCGGUCGCCGCGAAGAGGCGCUUCUUCCCAAACGCCGCCUUCCCGUGCUCGCCCGGCGCGGACGACGUCGCCGACGCGCCGCCAGCGACGCCUUGA